AACCAACGUGUUUGUGAAUUCAAGACUUGCAAUCAUUCACUUCAAUUUCAACUGACUCCUUUCUUAACAUUGGCCGUCCAUUCUCAGCGGAGAAAGAAGUUGAAAGUUGUGCAUGCGCAGGAACUCGUUCGCCUUUAGCAGACUUAGUAUGUAGUUGCUAUUCUGAAGAACAGUCAGGUCGACUCGUCUCUUAAAUUGCACAAUAGAAGAUUGAAAAGGAGAACCACACUUCAAACGGCCCACUCGUGCAAUCUCCCAAAAGUAAAAAUGAAUUAUAAACAUGUACCUUAGCAGUGCAGGGCCGGCGAAACGUAUUUGAAAGUGGAGGGGCCAAAGUCUUCAAAGUCUUCAAAGGGCUUGGGAAUGGCCGCUACCGGUUAGGGAUGGCCAGAAACUGUAUCUAAAAUGAAUUUUGACUGAUAGUGUCGCAUAGUCGCGUCUAUUGUGAUGUUGACUUGAAAUAGAGAAGUUUUGCAAAGUUUUAGAACACCGAUUAAUAAAAAACAUUAACGUUGAAAUAUCAACAGAAGAACUAUCAACUUAAAAUAAAAAGUUAAGCAAUUUUGUACAGUUAAGAUAUAACUUUGUAACAUCUUAUCUUAACUUUAUCGGAAAUUAAGUGCUUUAACAAAAAUUGUUAAAAUAGAAUUUAUAAUUGCGUCGAUAUUUUCUCUUUCUUAGUAGGAAUGGAUUAUCGAAACGAUCAAACUCUGAAGUUUUCUUGAUGAUACUUUUUAAGAACAAAUCUGUCCAUACUUUAUUUCCCAUAUCCUCAAAAAAGUUCUUUCCAGCUGUUUCUUUUCCUGCAACAGCUGCUUUUUCUCUUUUUUGUAAUGUUUCUGAGAAAGUUUUUGUUAACAAAUAGACCCUGUGUGCCAAGCUUAGGCAAUGGAAAAAACGAAAUUCCUUCAAUUUGUGCUGGCACCAAGUUAUUCAGGACUAGAUUUCUCGAUCAAUUUGCUAAACCAAGCUGUCACUCGUUGUAAAACUUACACAAUGACCGAUUUCUUCGACCUAAUUUCCAUAUUCAAUUUUAUGUAUGUCUUCUAUGAUAAAGACAUAGCCAGCAAGGUAAACCUAAGGACACAUUUAAGAGAAUACUGGCAAAGUUGCUUACAGAAUCAUAUACUACAUUUAGUUCCACUUUUGCCUAAAAUUUUUCUUUAGCUCUGCAGAAAAGCUGGGGGCUAUGCCCCCCCGGUUUCGCUGGCCCUGCAGUGUGUUUGUGUAAGAUUUUCAAAUUGAAUUGUAAUAUUUCGGACAGAAUAAGCCACCAUUUUGUGAAAUCAACAUUCAUGUCUAUGAUUAAAUUUGGUCUAGAGCACCUAUGGUUUAAUUAUUUAAGAGCAAAACCAGGUAAAGGAUGCCGGAUCCAUAAUAUUUGUAAAACAAAUGCAAACUUGUAAAUUGAAAGUUGCAAGAAGAACUGAACUGGUGUUAGUUGUCUGAAAAGAUAGAAAUUCAUGGAGGUAAAGGGUUGAUUAAGACUGGACCUGAUAUUUGGGUAUAGAGACUGGAAAGGUUGGAUAACUGCACGUUUUCUCGUUUGUCGACAGUGCAAAGAAGCAUUAUUAACCAUCAAUGCCAACUAAAGAUAGUCACUCCAACCUUGUCCUCAAAGUAGUUGAUCUUUUCCAAGGCUUGGUUUCUGGGACUCGAUGAAGUCUUUUGUUGUUAGAUGAAUUAUUGAUCAUUUGCCUUAACCUGUGUCAUUCUAAAUAUUUACAACUUCGUUCGGCAUACUAGAAAUGACGAUUAAAUGGAACCAGUUUUUAGCACACCUCUCUAAACAAAAACCUGCUGUUUUGCAGCCCUGCUGUUGGGGGCAUUUCUCUCGAUGCAUGCAGUGCCGUCUUUAACUUUGACAUCUAAUCAGGCAACGUAUUGCCAGCAUUGGUAUUACCAUGUCAGGUAGAACGUGUGUAUUUAUUCUCUUCACCCUGUGUUGGUUAAUUGUAAGAUACUGCUGCCAUAAAAGCAGUGAUCUCGUUUGUCCAGUCAUUUCGACCGCUUCAGGCAAGCUAAACAAGGGAGAUCUGAAAAAUACGCCAGUAUGUACACAGACUGACUGCACGGCAAACUGCACUUGUGUUUGGGCAAAUUGCUCGCAGAUGUGCAAUGAGCAUCAAGUUUGUCCCAUAAUGGAAUGUCAAGCAAGCGAUUGGUGUCAGCAAAGGGCAUAUUCUGGAGCAAAUGCGCCAAGGCUGCACUGCAAUGCAACCCACGAAUGCAUACAGGCAAUGAACUAUUCGACUGCUGACUUCAUUGUUGCCAGUGCUGAUAGUGUCAUCCAGGUCUACAAAAACCAAGCUCACAGGCUUGCAAACAUGACUUGCUCUUCUACAAAAGGUGGUUUUGGCGCUUGUAACCAAUCGUGUGAAAUUUGUGGCUCAACAGUCUGUAACGCCGACAACUGCUUUAUUGAUUGUACUGACUGCGGAACGACUUCCUGUACAGGAAGUCAGACCUGCGCCCACACAUGUCACAAAGAGUGCAACCAGACUUACUGUAAUGCAAGGCAAUGCAAGAUGAUAUGCGGGCCUGAAAGCAAGUGCAGUGACGUCAGGUGCAUUGACGCGGACCUCUGUUCCUUGGACUGCAGAGAAGGAGCGAUUUGUAGCCUUAACUGCUCCACUGCAAAGACGUGUGAGCACUCUUGUGCCCUGAAUGGUUUGUGCCACACAUGGGUUGGUGAGUACCAUGAUGUACAUGAUGGUCAGUGCCAGAAGUGUAAUUGCACUCAAAAUGUUCGUCAUUGUGUACAGAGGUGUGAAACGAAGACUGGUAGGUGUUUGGAAAUGAGCUGCAAUGCAAGUAGCCUAUGCGAGCAGUUCAGCAGCUCUACUGGACAAAGUUUUAUCCAUUUGAUGAGUAGCACAGCACCUACUACAAGACAGACUUGUGACAACCAAUCAGAUUGCUGGCAAAUGACAUGCUACGGAUCAAACUGCACUUUGAUUUGUGAUAAUAAGGCGACAUGCGGGUACAUGGUAUGCAAAGGAAAUAGCUGUACGUUCAUUUGCAAAAAUGGUGCUUCGUGUGACGUCAUGACCUGUUUACCUGGCUCAGGCCACUGCACAUAUAAUUGCGAUGCCAGUUCAACUUGCAGACAUAAACGAUGUCAAGGGCAGCAUUGUGUUGGUGCCAAACCCUACGUUGCUGCAAGAGCACGUCACAUUGAAACAAAAUGGACAAUUGUUGUGCUACUCAUUCUUAUUAACAGUUGUAUUUUUUGACGUAACCUCCUUGCAUUUUGUAACAUUUCGUUGUUCAAGACAAAGAACAAUUUACAUAGUUGCAAACGCACAUAUUUUAAUUUUGUAGAUAUGCGUUUUUCAUGGCAAUAGCCACAUUACCAUAUGCAUCAAAAGCCUCGUACACUACUAAAUAUUAUGAUAUUUUUACCCUCACCCCUUUGCCUACAUAUACACAGGGUCGUAGCUAGCGGGGGUGUAGGGGGUCUAUCGGCAGGUGAAAUAGUACCCAAAUUUAUCUUUAUCUAUGUCUUCGUCAGUAAAUUUUACCAUUGAUUACCCUCCAUUCCCUUAGUCUGGAAGGUCAAGCUACGCCACUGCAUAUACACUCUGCGAAGCCUUAGUUGCUGAAGCUAAAGCGGAAGAUAGAACAUACACAAAUACAUAUAAUACACAGUAUUGUGUCUUGUACUGAUUAGAAUCUCAAACUCCCUGCAAAUGUCCUUGCAUCGCAAAAUAGCACAGAAUGAUUGAAAAAAGCAUUUGAAGCCAAAUGUUUUCUUAAUUUGUACAAUUAGAUGAAGUUACUUUCCUCAAUAGUGUAGAAUUCUCUAUAGAGAAAUACUUUUCUACUUGGACCGAUAUUUACCGUUGAGGGCCCUCUGCAAUGCAAGGACGGUCACCCAUAAUGACUCGGUUUAAGUUGUGGCAGAGACAACAUUUUAACCACGCCUAAAAAAAGUCAUUUAAAAUAGAUCCAGUUAAUAUUGAAUUAUCAAAUUAAUACGUAGCAGGGGCUGCGGAAGCGGUGGCUACGUGCAUCGCUAAUUUUUGGAAAAGUGAAGUUUUCCUUUCAUCAUAUUCUGUUAUUUAUAUGAAGUUCUUAAAUUGUAACAUCACAGAAAUCUAUCUUUAUGUUACCCAGAUGGAUACAAAUAGAGUUUUGCUAAGAAUAUACCGCUAUUUCCACUGUAAUUAUUUCUUUCCUUAACAGAUUACAACCUAAUUGUUGAUGAAUAAGAAGGGGGGAUUGAAAAAUAUUACAGGGUUAAUUUAUAAAGGCGGCCUAUUUCUUUUCAUUGUUCAUAUUUAAAGUCCUCCAAAAUACAAU